UAUUUCGCCAUUGGUUAGACUUACUUCCCCUUUCCUACAAAAAAUGUCAACAACUUUUUACUUGCUUCUUCUCGCAGUUUUCUUUCAGCUACAGUUAUCAGUGUGUAACGACGUUAUUGUGCGUCUAACACGAAAACUUUCGAGUGAAGGUUUUCACAGGGACCUGAAGACAACACUCAUUAUAGAAAAAAAUGAUAUCGAGACAGAAAAUAAUGCCUGCAGUGUGCUUUUGAUUGAAAGUUUGCCAUCUGGUUUGUAUGUUGACGCAUUCCAGCUCGAAUCACACGCAAAAAUGGGUGGACCUAAGGUUCUUACUGACAUGCCUGUUGACACUGAAGCCCCAGAAUAUUUGUCUGGUCAGCACGAACUGUAUGUUUUUGCAACCAUACCACCAGAAAAGCUGGUCUCAUCUGAAGUGAUGGUCACCAUAUCUCUGCCUGUACAUGCUCGCUAUCAUAAACCUAGCAUAGAUGUGGAUAAAAUAUAUGUUCCAAUUGUUAUGUAUCAUCCACGAGUUUUACUAAACUGUUCAAAACAAGAGUCAAGGAAGGUAGAGGCACCUUGUGAUGACCAGAAUAUGUCUGUCUGUUCCUGGGCAGAAGUAACUUACAGAAGCGAUUCUCAUUUUGUGGAGUUUCAAGUCCCAGUUGGUUAUGUGUAUGACACUCGAGUUGUUGUCUUUGGAACCAGUGUAGUUAUAAUACUAGGUUGCUCUUUUCUUUUGUAUAUUAUAGCGUUCUUUGACAAUUGGAAAAUAAAGGCUAAAGAAUCUUAGGAAACCACAGCAGACAUUAUUGUUGUCCUCAGGAAAAGAAGUAUUUAAAAUGAAUGUAUUUUCAUUGGCUGCUGGUGUUUUUUUCUUGUUCAUUGAUUAUAAGCUGUGAGAAUAUUCUACCGUUGUGAAUAUUUUCAUCAAAGUAAUGGCAGAAUGCGCAAUACACAUCACAGUGCUGAAACAAAUAAUUUCCAAAUGUGGUUUUCAUCUCAUUGGUGCUUUACUGUAUAUUUUUGCGAAGAAGUUAUAAUGAUGAAUAGGAGCUGUAAACUGAUGAGCAGAAUGCAACUUGUAGACUUUUUUUGUAGUGGGUGGGUUGGAAAAGCUGAUGCUUGAGGUCCUCUACGAGCCUUACAUGGAGGCAUGGUCUUAUGAGUGGUUUGUUGCUAAAUAAUUGUCACCAGCUGUCGGCCAUCCGGAUCUUCAUGUGACAGCUGCCUCAAGCAAUUGCUGAGCAAUAACAGGCUAGGGAUGAUGAUAUUUGUGUAUUUUAAAUCCUUGGUGUACAUUGAACCAGAGAUAGACUGAAAAUACACACUCCAAACUAUGUGAGUUGCUUCAUCCUUUUAUUUUAAAAGAAAAAACAUGAUAAGCUUAAUUUUAAUUUUCGGUGAGAACUCUGUUGUCCACUGUAGGAAACAAAUGCUAUAAUUUUGUACCAAGUUAUUAUGAGGAAAAAAGUCUUUACCAGGAAAAAGUGCUAAUUUCAGGUAUGUAUUAUUGCUUUUGCGGAGGAAAGGGGUUGGGCAACAGUUCAAAAUACACAAUUUCUACAUGGC